AUGCCCUUGGACAAUUCCCUCGCAGCUCUGCUUGCUGGAUUGCCUGAAUCCUGCGGCGACAUGCUCUACCGCUUCUUCGAUACGUUGUCUCUCGCAAGCCUGGUUGUGCUGCUCAGUACGUCCCGGCACGCUUCUCGAGGCGCGCUAGCCCCUCUGACCUUCCCUCACGCAGCCUCCGCCCACUUCGCUUCCGCUACUCACGCCCCGCUCUUCCCGAGUCUACACACCCACCUCUCACGUCCAGCUCAGAGGCCCUCGCAUCGCACCCACCUUCGCACUCUCCAAGCUGUCUACCCUCCACCCUCCGCCGUCCUCGCAGCGCGAGAACGAGAACACAAGGCUGAGACGGUGCGAUGGUUGGAGCGGCUGGGCGAUGGGCUGAGCACGAAAGGAGAGGAGCUUGGGAAGACGGCGGAGAGGAUCAAGCGGAGUCUGGGAGGUACGGCGAGUGAGGAGGAGAAGCUUCGGAUGGGCGUCGCACUUCACGAUGCUCUCUUCGCACUGGUGCAGCUCGUCGCCGCCUCCAACGAAAACAGCGUUCUGCCCAUCCAGGUUCGACCGGUAGAAGACUUUGCUCGCGCUCGUCCGGCUGCCCCUUCCGCUUCGCCCGUUCCUUCCGGACGAGUAGCUCACCAGAAGCGUUCGGUGGAGUCUUCCCCUCCGGAUCCCCACCAUACUCUCCGCUCUACCCUGUCCCUCCUGACGCGCCAUCUCACUCCCGCCGUCGAAGUCCUCCCGUACCUCUCGCUGGUGCAACAGGAAUCCGUUCGCUCCUUGUGCGAGGAACUGAAGGGCGAGGUGGAAUUGCUGGUCGACGCUGUCAACGAAAGGUCAGGAGGAGGGCGCGAGCUGGAGGAUGAAGCGGGAACGGUCGUGCAGGACUGGAUCGCGCGUUCCGCCGCGCUCCUUUCGAGCGUAGCUGCCAAUGCGCCAUCACCGAGUGUACCACCAUCGGUCUCGUCGUACGACUAUGAGGCGCAGCUCGCCGCAUAUCGCGAAGUUUUCGAUUUGGAAGAGGGCGCUCAAGUCACAUACGCCGCCGCCUGA